UUUGUUCGGUUCUGUUUAGCUUUCUGGAACUGUCAACUAACUCCAGAAAAUCACGGCGUGGAAUUUCCAAAUUCAAAUUCCCCAUCCUUUCCUUUCUUUCAUUUUCCCUCAAUCCAAACAGCACUUAAUCCAUUCAAUAUAUUUUUACGCUCAUAAUUUUUGUUAGAAACUUGUUAAGUUCAAUGGCAUAUGAGAUUUUGAGAUCAUUCCCAGAAUCAAGUUAAUACAAUCUCUUGUUGCAGGUGAGAUGGGUAGAAUGAAGCAUGAUAGAAGCAGAGAGGUUGUUGCUUGCAGGUGCUCUAGAAGACCCGGAAAAUCAAACAUUUGUCCUGCUUUCUGACAGUUGUGUUACCCUUUACAGUUUUAGCUAUAUAUGCAAGUAUCUGAUGGCUUCUCCAAGGAGUUUCUUGGACAGUUGGAUGGCAGCAUUCUUGAUUUUUGAGCUUUCUUGAUGUAAAGGAUUGUAGAUACAGCUUGAAGAUGUUACCUAUCAUCCCAAAAGACAAGUGGCGGAAAGGAUCUCAGUGGAUCUCCUUAGUAAGAAGCCAUGCUGAAGCUGCUGUAAAUAAUGAGAUCAUUUUUCCAGUUUUUAAGAAAUUAUGCAAGUUACACAAUUAACCGUUCUGUCUUUGAAGGCAGUCCUCUCCCUUUGUUUGCAUAAUCCAGGUGUCUUGUUAUAUUUUCUAAUGUAUGGACAUCACACUGCCCUAUAAUGAGAUGCCACCAUAGUGGAAACGGUAGCCUGAUAGAUAAAAGGUUCAAAAGCAG